AUGAGCGAAGCGGCCGAGCUUGACGUCACGCCUUCUCCGGAACCCGUAAUCCCCGUGCGCGACGAGGACGAGCAUCUCAAUCCGGACUUCAUCGCUGCUGUCGAGGCGGCGAUCGGAGGAGAUGACAGGGUUGCGCUGAAAGAGCUUGCCGGCGAUCUGCACGAGGCUGACACCGGCGACCUUCUGGAAACGCUCAAUGCCGAUGAACGCGCCGCCUUUAUCCGAUUGCUGGGGGACGAGUUCGACUAUACGGCGCUGACUGAGACCGACGAAGCCGUUCGCCUACAGGUUCUGGAAGACCUGCCCAACGAGGUCAUUGCAGAAGGUCUGGAAGACCUUGAUUCCGACGAUGCCGUCUACAUUCUGGAAGACCUGGAUGAAGACGAUCAGGCGGCAAUCCUGGAAGAACUGCCCUAUGCCGACCGUGCGCAGCUCAAGAAAGCACUUGAUUAUCCCGAAGAAAGCGCCGGCCGGCGCAUGCAGAGCGAAUUCAUCGCCGUUGCGCCAUUCUGGACCGUCGGACAGACCAUCGACUACAUGCGGGAAGCUCGGGACCUUCCGGACAGCUUCUACGAAAUCUAUGUCCUGGAUCCGGCCUUCAAGUUGCUGGGGUCUGUUCACCUGGACAAGAUCCUGAGGACCAAACGUGCCGAGAAGGUCACCUCGAUCAUGGAGGAGACGCGGCAGGCGGUGCUGGCAACGGAGGACCAGGAAGAGGUCGCCCGACGAUUCGAGCGCUACAAUCUGGUCUCCUCUGCUGUGGUUGACGAAAACGAACGCCUGGUCGGUGUUCUGACGGUUGACGAUAUCGUCGACGUGAUUCAGGAAGAGGCGGAAGAGGACCUGCGUGCCCUGGCCGGGGUGGGCGAUGAAGAGAUUUCCGACACGGUCGUCACGAUUGCGCGCUCGCGUCUUGCGUGGCUGGUGGUCAAUCUCGGAACCGCGAUUCUCGCAUCCGUGGUGAUCGCACUUUUUGAGGACACGAUCGAGGCGAUGGUCGCCCUCGCGGUCCUGAUGCCUAUCGUGGCGUCCAUGGGCGGGAAUGCCGGAACCCAGACAAUGACGGUGGCCGUGCGCGGCAUCGCGACACAGGAAUUGGGCGCCCGGAACCUUUUGCGCGUCCUCAACCGUGAAAUCCUGGUGAGUGCGGUGAACGGUGUCGCCCUGGCGCUGUUGAUCGGCAUAACCGCCUGGCUCUGGUUUGCAAGUCCUGGUCUCGGUGUGGUGAUUGCCGGCUCAAUCAUCAUCAACAUGCUUUUUGCCGGGUUUUCCGGCCUGCUGAUCCCGAUUGCGCUUGACCGGCUGAACGUCGAUCCUGCGAUUGCUUCGAGCGUAUUCGUCACGACGGUCACCGAUGUCGUCGGGUUUUUUGCAUUUCUGGGGAUUGCAGCGCUCUGGUUCGGGUUACCGUUCUAG